AUGAUUUCGUCCUCGUUCGCCCCGAGUCUCACGCGGAGGGAUACGGCCAAGUCGACUGGUGGAUAUGAAAACACCCAUGGAGGAAUCCCGCCAGUGUCGAGUGGUGGAGGACCGUUUGGGCCGCAGAGUGCUGGUGCCAUAUAUCAACAGAUUCACGAGAUGGCCGCCAAGCGGAUCUCAACUUUGGGAUACUUGAGGAAGGCACUCGAAGGCCGCGUUUACUGGUUCAAUACAGUGCAUUUCUCCAGGGCAGACAUCAGUCGCAUGCCGUACUUCGAUGCCCGGAAGCUCUCGCGCCGGGCUGUCAACUACCUGCUUCUUGGUCUAUCCAUCCCACCGGUCCUCGAUGCCAGCUCAACCCCGUUCGAAUACCUGCGAGCUCUUAACGCCCUCCUCCUCGAAUUCGAAGCUUACCAACAAGUCCACCCGCCAGACGGAAGUUCCUCAUCCAGUCUCGCCCGAGCUCGUAUCCCUCAGAUGUUCAAGCGGGCAGCACACGCCGGUACCAAAACUCGGCGGGCCAGUUCUGCGACGGAUAUUGGACUGCCAAUGCAAACCAGCGACCCGUCGGACCUCAAAAGCUCGGGCAACAGCAUUACGUCGCCAUCCACCGCCGCAGCGGCCUCAAUGAUCUCGUUCCCCCUCACCGAGUCCUCCGAUCUUCUUCCUGGUGAAGAAUACACAUACCUCCUGACGCCAUCGUUGCCCUUCGAGCCAGAUUUCUUCGAGACAUUCGCUACUCUGUGCGACGUCUUGAUUGACUGCUAUACUCGGAUUUUGAGUCUGGUCUCGUCCCCGUCCACCUGCACAGUAGGGCUGGGUGAACUGUUCUCCAAAGCAGAUGCCAAAUUGCGCAAAAUCAUGGUCGCAGGUGCAGUGCGGGAGUUCGAAGAUGCGAGCCGUAAUAGCGUCAAGAAUGAGGUUUCUGGUGUCAGUCGUGUGGUGCUUGGUGGGUUGAUGGGGUAG